UUGGUUGCAGAGGCAGAGGAAUAGAAGCCCCAUCACUGGUAUCAGUUGGCAGAAUAGUGCCCCAUCAUUGGUGUCAGUUUGAGGAAUGGUGCCCCAUCAUUGGUGUCAGUGGGAGGAAUGGUGCCCCAUCAUUGGUGUCAGGGGGAGGAUUGGUGCCCCAUCAUUGGUGUCAGGGGGAGGAUUGGUGCCCCAUCAUUGGUGUCAGGGGGAGGAUUGGUGCCCCAUCAUUGGUGUCAGGGGGAGGAUUGGUGCCCCAUCAUUGGUGUCAGGAGGAGGAAUGGUGCCCCAUCAUUGGUGUCAGGGGGAGGAAUAGCGCUUCAUCAUUGGUAUUAGUGGGAGGAUGAGCCCCAUCAAUAGGUGUCUGUGGGAGGAAUAGCGCCCCAUCAUUGGUGUCAGUGGGAGGAAUAGCGCCCCAUCAUUGGUGUCAGUGGGAAUAAUAGCGCCCCAUCAUUGGUAUCAGUGGGAGAAAUAGCGCCCCAUCAUUGGUACCAGUGGGAGGAAUAGCGCCCCAUCAUUGGUACCAGUGGGAGGAAUAGCGCCCCAUCAUUGGUAUCAGUGUGUCCAAUA